AAUGUCAUUUCAGAUGCAUUAGCGAUGGGCGAGCCGUUGAAGAAUCUUCAGAAUAAGACAGUUCCUGUUGCUAUUGUUUAGUGGACAGAGGUCAGUCUCCAGACUGAAUUGCGCGUUGUCCUUGCCGUGUUUUUCCGAGUGUCGUAAGGCGACCUGGAUGGACUGUGGUCGUUGGAAACUGAGAAUGACGUUCGUCAAACAACCGGAUGCAGGUGGCGACACCAUGACGUUACUAAAGGUAGACAACUCUCUGUAUCCCCCGUUCUCUGCUGACGUCAUCAACGGGCUGACCUCCCUAGAGAUACGUGAGGACGACAUAAUAAUCUGCGCAUAUCCCAAAGCAGGGACACAUUGGGUCUGGGAGAUCUCUCGCUGCCUCCUGGCAGGAACGACAACUCUGCCCCUAGUGGAGAAAGACAACAACAUGAUAGAAUGUGUACCUUCAGCUACCCUGGAUGCUCUCCCCUCGCCCAGGAUCCUCAAUACUCACCUAACCUUUGACCAGUUACCGGCCGAGAUCCGACAAAAACGUUGCCAGAUAAUCUACAUCAACCGGAACCCGAAGGACCUAGCCGUAUCCUGCUACCAUCACCACCGGAAGUUGACGGAUUUCUACCAGUACGAAGGAUCUUGGGAGAAUUUUCUUCCCCUUUUUAUGGACGGAAAACUGGAUUAUGGUUCUUGGUUUGCUUACGUCACGGAUUGGGAGCGUGUGGUGCGGGAAAACCCGGGCCUGCCUAUCCACGUCAUGGCAUACGAGGAUUUGAAGCAAGACCCCGUUCAACAGAUCGCCGGCUUGGGCAAGUUCCUAGGCCAGGAGGUCAGCGAGCAGUUUGCCACCAGCGUAGCAGACAAGUGCAGCUUCGUCAACAUGAAGUCGAGGAAGGGACAGUUUGAGACCGGAAGUGACGGCGAGCCCAUUAUGUACAGGAAAG